AUGGCUAGGGCGUCCCCCGUAGGCGACGCGCGAGGACAUCGCCGUACACUCUAUGACAGCGAGGAGCCACGAACUGGUGGACCUGAUGGAGAGGAGAAAGGUAAGAAUCAUGUGCUUGCAGGAGACAAAGUGGAGGGGAGUAAGGCCAAAGAACUUGGAAACGGAUUUAAACUGUUCUACAUAGGAGACGAUGGAAGAAAGAACGGAGUUGGAAUUGUUUUGGAUGAGGAACUCAAGAAGGGGGUACUAGAAGUGACAAGAUCUUCAGACCGAAUCAUCUGGCUUAAGAUGGAGAUGGGUAAACUGGUGGUGAACAUCAUGAGUGUGUAUGCGGCCCAACAAGGUUGUGCAGACGAAGAGAAGGAGAAGUUUUGGGAGGAGUUGGACGAAGAAGUGAGAAAAAUUCCAGCUGAGGAGAAACUAUGGAUAGGGGGUGAUUUCAAUGGACACGUUGGUGGUGAUAACACAGGCAGAGAAGAGACGAUGGGCAAAUUUGGUUAUGGUACUAAGAAUGAUGGUGGGGAAGAACUCGUGACAUUCGCGAUGAGGCAUAAUUUGUGGAUCGUUAACACGUUCUAUAAGAAAGCCACUAGGCACAAGAUCACCUACCAAAGUGGAAGCACUCAGUCACAAAUAGAUUACAUCCUCUGCCGCUCAUAUGACAAGAAUACGAAAGACUGUAAAGUAAUUCUUGGGGAAACCAUCACAAACCAACACCGACCAGUCAUUUGCACACUUAAAGUUGUGAAGUCAAAACCCCAGACGAAGUCAAGAACCCAGAAAAUCAAGUGGUGGAAGCUAAAAGAAGCGCAGAGCAGAGAUGAUUUUACAGAUAAGGUUAGAGAGACCUAG